AUGACAAAAUCAAGAAAGCAGAAGCAGAAAAAGCAAGAUUUUCUGAGAAAGAAGUUGAAAGUUGGAAAACCAAAGGAAAAAGCAAGUAAUGCUACCGAUACUUCUUUCGUUUCCAAAACCAUCUCUAUUAGAAACCAACAUCUAGACCAAAAUCCACAUGAUCUGACGAAAAGAUUAACACUAUUGAAGCACCAUAAUAUUAAUGUGAGAAAGGAAACAUUAACAACAUUUCAGAAAUCAAUACCGUCUAUAAUAAAUUCACGGCUCAUGACACCAUUACUUACACAAAGUAUACCGCUAAUUUGUGAUGAAUCGCAACAAGUACGUCAGGGACUGAUUGAUCUUAUAGAUGAAAUUGGUAGCCAUGAUGCUCAAAUCCUAAAAUUACACUGCAGUAUUUUUGUUUUAUACAUUAGCAUGGCGAUGACACAUAUAGUUACACAAAUUCAGGCGGAUUCAACCAAAUUUCUCUCUCACCUAAUGAAAUACUGUGGUGAUGAAGUGGUAAGAAAAUCUUGGAUCAAACUUUUGAAUGGUGUUUUAGGAGUUCUUGGCUGGGGUCAGGUAGGUAAGAAUGAAAGUUCUAAUAUAGUGCAAACUAAGAAGCGUAAUGCCAAGUACGUUACUGUUCAUCUCAAUACUCUGUAUACUCUUGUUGAAUGCGGAUGUCAAGAUGAACGUGCUAGAGGCGACAGAGACACAUCAGAGUUUGUUGAUGACAGUACUAAUUUACGAAGCCCAUAUUUAAUUCCUGAUUACCCUCAGCCUUUCGAGCAUUUGAAGCUGUUUACUAGAGAACUAAAAUUCGAGGACACAGCUUCCAAUCGAACAAACGCAGCACUUCUUUCACUGGCUACACAAGAUAUCGAUACUCGAAAAGUGGCCUUUAGCGAACAAUUUCUGCCUAUAGUGCGCAAGCAAACUGAAACAAUUAUCAAGGAAGGUGGAGAAUGUGGUAAGAGUGCAAGCAAGCUUAAAAAACUGCUUUCAAGUAUCUUUGAUUAA